GAUAAAGUUAAAGCUGAGGAUUCUGAAGAUUUCUCAGGUGGUCCUGAACUGCAAAACCUUGAAAUUGGAAAUAUGUCCAAACAGAAUUUUGAUGAAUCUCACUCCACUUUACAGUAUUGGGACACAAAGGAGGGACAACUGGCUACCCAGCAGAAUUCUGUGGAACUGAAAUUUGAGCUACCAGAGUUUGAGGAUAAAAUCAAUAAAGGAGACAGUAGAGAAGAAGAAGAUGAUGAAGAGCAGCAGCCAUCUAGGAGUGCAGGAAUAAAUGUUCUGGAGAGUGGCAACUUCUCUCCAUCUUCAUUUGCUGAGACUUCUCUUCAAUGCAAACUGCAGCAAAAACAGGACAAAGAGAAGAUAAAGAAAUCAACAAGAGGAUCUGAGAAUUCAACAGAAGCCUCUUUCCAGUGCAUUUCUUUUCCUGUGAGAGACACCAUCAAUACUGACCAACAACAAGAGCUUUGCACAGAUCAGGGGGCUUUGUAUGGUGGCCGAGGCUUUGGGCAAACUUUAAAAAAUGAGUCAGACUGUAAAGAUCUCAAGUUAUUUCAUACAAGACAAAGGCCAUAUUGCUGUUGUGAAUGUGACAAGACGUUCACUCGUAAGGGAGAUCUUCAGAGGCACAAAGCAAUUCAUACUGGACAGAAACCUCAUUGCUGCUCUGAAUGUGGUAAAUGAUUUUUUGACAGAUUUUCUCUCCAAAGACAUUCAAGAAUCCACACUGGAGAAAAGCCCCAUGGCUGUGCUGAAUGUGGAAAAAGAUUCACUGACAGUGGUUCUCUACAAUGUCAUACAAGAAUUCACACUGGAGAAAAGCCAUAUUGCUGCUCAGAAUGUGACAAAAGAUUCAUUAAACUUAGCUCUCUUAAG